GAAAGAUUUGCCCUUCGUGGCUUGCACAGACUAACAUAUAAAAGCUGUUAGCAGCUCCUGUAGCCAGCCGCUAGAAAGCUUGCAAAGUUUCUCUCUCCCUCUCCGUCUCUUUCUCUUUGAGGGUUUGUAAUAAGACACACACUUCUUUCCAAGGGUUCACACUAGAGCACAGACAAGAGCUGUUUAACUUGGAAGGACAAUACACUAGGCUUUUUGGUUCUGCAAAGAGAUCUUCUGCUUACCGUUGUGAGUUAAAGUAAAUCUUUGCUCCCCACCCCACCACCAGGGCCCAAAAUGACAGUAAUUUCUGCCAUCAGUGGUACCCUCUUGAUUUCCAUUCUCUGUGAAACAAGUGCAAUAGAGUCACACAACUCCACUGAGCUGUUCUUGUCAGCCAAUAAUUACACGGACACUGGAACGGCCUUGAACAUUCCUCCAGAUUCUGCAAGCCCUCCCAAAACCAGGAGGAAACGAUAUAUUUCACAGAAUGACAUGAUUGCCAUUCUGGAUUAUCACAACCAAGUCAGAGGCAAAGUCUUCCCACCAGCAUCUAACAUGGAAUAUAUGGUGUGGGAUGAAAAUCUAGCCAAGUCUGCUGAAGCAUGGGCUGCCACCUGCAUUUGGGACCACGGCCCUUCUUACUUAUUGAGAUUCUUGGGACAAAAUCUGUCAGUACGGACUGGAAGGUAUCGAUCUAUUCUCCAGCUGGUGAAGCCAUGGUACGAUGAAGUGAAAGACUAUGCCUUUCCGUAUCCUCAAGACUGUAAUCCAAGGUGUCCACUGAGAUGCUAUGGGCCCAUGUGCACACAUUACACCCAGAUGGUUUGGGCCACUUCCAAUCGAAUAGGCUGUGCAAUCCACACAUGCCACAACAUGAAUGUCUGGGGGUCAGUCUGGCGACGAGCUGUUUAUUUGGUAUGCAACUAUGCCCCAAAGGGGAACUGGAUUGGAGAAGCGCCAUAUAAAGUAGGGGUGCCGUGUUCUGCUUGCCCUCCCAGUUAUGGAGGAUCUUGCACUGACAAUCUUUGCUUUCCAGGAGUAACAUCAAACUACUUAUAUUGGUUUAAGUAAAACAGUGCAGCAUCCCAAUAACUCUUCUGGUCAAAUGAGACUGUAACAAAAUAUUGUAUAUUGAACUUUGCACAUAUUGUAUGUAAAUAAUUUUAAUAUUAUUAA